ACCUGAGCUGAUCGAGCUGAGCUUGCACACACCACUGCACGCGCGUGUCUUCACAAAAUUUUAAUUAGGAACUAAUUAAGCUUCGUCAGAAGCGGGAAGAAAACGAUCGACACUACGAUGGCUGCUGCUUUCUCAUCCACCGUUGGAGCCCGGCCGGCGUCGACACCGACCAGCUUCCUUGGGAAGAAGGUGAAGAAGCAGGCUGCAGUGAACUACCAUGGCGGCAACAAGAUCAACAGCAGGGUGGUCAGGGUCAUGGCGGCCAAGGAGCUCGACGAGGGGAAACAGACGGACCAGGACAGGUGGAAGGGCCUUUACUACGACACCUCCGACGACCAGCAGGACAUUACCAGGGGGAAAGGUAUCGUGGACUCUCUGUUCCAGGCGCCCAUGGGCGACGGCACCCACGAGGCGGUGCUCAGCUCUUACGAGUACAUCAGCCAGGGCCUACGGAAGUACGACUUCGACAACACCAUGGACGGCCUCUACAUCGCCCCUGCGUUCAUGGACAAGCUCGUGGUCCACCUCGCCAAGAACUUCAUGACCCUGCCCAACAUCAAGAUCCCACUCAUCUUGGGUAUCUGGGGAGGCAAGGGUCAAGGAAAAUCCUUCCAGUGUGAGCUUGUCUUCGCCAAGAUGGGCAUCAACCCAAUCAUGAUGAGUGCCGGAGAGUUGGAGAGUGGCAACGCCGGAGAGCCAGCCAAGCUCAUCAGGCAGCGGUACCGUGAGGCUGCAGACAUGAUCAAGAAGGGUAAAAUGUGCUGCCUCUUCAUCAACGACCUCGACGCCGGUGCGGGUCGGAUGGGUGGAACCACCCAGUACACCGUCAACAACCAGAUGGUGAACGCCACCCUCAUGAACAUUGCGGAUGCACCCACCAACGUGCAGCUGCCCGGGAUGUACAACAAGGAGGAGAACCCACGUGUUCCCAUCAUCGUCACCGGCAACGACUUCUCCACGCUAUACGCACCACUGAUCCGUGACGGUCGCAUGGAGAAGUUCUACUGGGCGCCCACACGGGAGGACCGCAUCGGCGUCUGCAAGGGCAUCUUCCGCACCGACAACGUCCCCGACGAGGCCGUCGUCAAGCUCGUCGACACCUUCCCAGGGCAGUCCAUCGACUUCUUCGGCGCGCUACGGGCGCGGGUCUACGACGACGAAGUGCGCAAGUGGGUCAGCGAGAUCGGUGUCGAGAACAUCCCCAAACGUCUCGUCAACUCGCGCGAGGGGCCGCCGACGUUCGAGCAGCCGAAGAUGACGAUCGAGAAGCUCAUGGAGUACGGGCACAUGCUGGUCCAGGAGCAGGACAACGUCAAGCGCGUGCAGCUCGCCGACAAGUACCUCAACGAGGCGGCACUCGGCAGCGCCAACGACGACGCCAUGAAGACGGGCACCUUCUACGGCAAGGCCACUUGAAUGAAUCCCAUCUUCACUAAGACGUAUCCACUAUAUAUAUAUGUUGGACUAUUUUGGAUUGGAUCCAUUCAUUCCAAGCCACUCAAACUUUUUGAUUCAUCGCCGCACAGGUAACCGAAUUGUAAGUCCGAAACAAAAUCAAAUUGUAUAUGUUGUGUACUUCAAUUACUCGUUUUCCACUUAA